AUGACAUCUAUGAACAAAGUAUUUUCCGGUUACUACGAGCGCAAGGCUCGUCUAGAUAACAGUGACAACCGCUUUGCGAAAGGAAUUGCCUACGUCCAGGGAUCUUUCGUCCGACUCGCCGACGCACGAGUCCCACUCCUCGACGAGGGUUUCAUGCAUAGCGACCUCACGUACGAUGUGCCAUCGGUCUGGGAUGGGCGCUUUUUCCGCCUUGAUGAUCAUCUCAGUCGAUUAGAAGAUAGUUGUGAAAAGAUGCGACUGAAGAUCCCACUGUCCAGGGACGAAGUCAAGCAAACCCUAAGGGAGAUGGUUGCUAAGAGUGGAAUCGAAGAUGCCUUUGUGGAGCUGAUCGUCACUCGUGGCCUGAAAGGGGUCCGUGGCAAUAAGCCAGAGGAUCUUUUCGAGAAUCAUCUCUAUCUGAUCGUCAUGCCGUAUGUCUGGGUGAUGGAGCCCGCCAUGCAACAUACCGGAGGCACUGCGAUCAUUGCCCGUACCGUACGGCGCACUCCCCCCGGAGCUUUCGAUCCUACCAUCAAGAAUCUCCAGUGGGGGGACUUGACACGGGGUCUAUUUGAAGCGGCUGACCGUGGCGCGGAUUACCCAUUUCUCUCAGAUGGAGAUACCAAUCUCACAGAAGGAUCCGGUUUCAAUAUAGUGUUGGUUAAAGAUGGUAUUAUCUACACGCCCGACCGUGGUGUUCUGGAAGGCAUUACACGUAAGAGUGUUUUUGAUAUUGCCCAGGCCAAGAACAUCGAGGUCCGCGUUCAGGUGGUGCCACUCGAACAUGCCUAUCACGCCGAUGAGAUAUUCAUGUGUACUACAGCUGGUGGCAUUAUGCCUAUCACGAAACUCGAUGGGAAACCGAUCCGGAAUGGAAAAGUCGGUCCCCUUACUACAAAGAUAUGGGAUGAGUACUGGGCGAUGCACUAUGACCCGAAAUAUAGCUCUGCUAUCGAUUACAGGGGCCAUGAGGGUAACUGA